AUGGUCCAUAUUGUGGCUGGAUAUGGUGACUACGAUUUCGGCGGAGGAUAUCGCAGCCCGGGUGGCUUCGGUGGCCUAGGCGGAUUAGGCCAACCUGGACUGGGUCAAGGGGGAUUCGGACAAGGAGGAUUUGGGCAGGGUGGUUUCGGACCAGGAGGAUUCGGCCAAGGUUAUCCAGGCGGAUUUGGUGGUUUUGGUGGAGUCCCAGGCGGCUUCGGCGGAGUUCCAGGUGGAUUUGGUGGAUUUGGUGGAGGCCCACGUGGAUUUGGAGGCACCCCAGGCGAAUUUGGUGACGGUCCAGGUGGAUUUGGAGGCGGCUUAGGCGGAUUUGGCGGUGGUUCAGGCGAAUUUGGUGGUUUUAGACGC